CUCUUGUCGAAAGGUUCCCUUUGACGCGUUGCCAAGAUCUGUUGUUCUUCCUGUGUUUUCGCUGGAAUUAAUAGCUUACGCAGAGGAAGUAUUCUUCCGACAAAGGUGAGGAAAUAAUUCUUAAAAGAAUGCAGCCUUUAUUAUUUUAAAAUAUUAGAAAAUACAGCUGAUGUAUUCUGCUCGCCUGGAUGGAAUAUACCAGCAAAAUAAUUAUUAGCAAGGUGUCAUCUCAAGCGCGCCGGUUUUCAAGGCUUACAAUUAAGCCUAAACAAAUCCGCGCUUCAACAUUGUGUUGCAAUGACCGGUGUUCCAAAAUCGAGGUGCCGUGUUUUGUCUUUUCUCUGUUCACAUAAACUUCAAGCCUUGCUACUUCUUAUUUAUCUUUGAAAGGCUUACACCUUUUGUUUGUGUAAGAUUCCCUGCUAUCUAAGCUGGCUCCCAGUCAAGUUCGAAGGUCUUCGACACCAUUCGGCUCGCAAUAAACUAAUUUACCAACUCCAUAAACAUUUAAAACCCUCCAGGAAUUUAAUCUUCAACUGCAGUAAUCGAUAACGUGCGACACGUAUAAACUUAAGCUUAUAUUAUUUCACUCGAAAUCAGAUUAAAUUGUUGGCAAGUUUGCUUUGAUGAGCAAAGUUUUUUUGAAAACGCUGGGUGAUAUGGUCAUCUAAAGUAGCUGAAUCUAUUGUUUUUGUUCGUUGGCGCUUGUAAUCCUUUAUUUCUGUUUGUCAAACAAUGCUCAUGUGUACUGUAAAAUUUUGUGUUUCAAUUCGCGUUAAUGUGUUCCCAAAACAGAAAAUGCAGAGAUACAUCAGUUUAUACAUUUAUCACAUUAUAAGAUUCAAAGCUAUAUUGUUGCGCUGUUCAAAUUGAAAGUGAAUUUGUAAUGUAAACAUUGAAUAGUGGGUCUUAAAACCACAUUUCUUGUGAGAUAUUAAACUUUCAUGAUGCUUAGUGCACUUUUAUGAAUUAUUUAAGUGCUCAAUGUAAAGGGAGUACUGUGGACUGUGGAGUAAGGACUGCGGACUGUGGACUUUUGACAGGCGACUGUGACCAGCCUAAGCUUGUUUGUGUAGGUUUCUAGCUUCAAGGUUAAAUGUUAGCUGUCUCCUUCCCUUAUCACCUGGCAUUUCAGAUAAGUUAAGAGAAACUCAAAGGUGCAUGCUGUAUCUCAUUUUCACUUAAUUUUGCAAGUAUUAAAUUUCACGAAAAAUUAUGAGCCAUGUUUUGCGAAUAAAUGUAACUUUGAUGUCAAAAAAGUAAAAACAGAAUUAACAAUUUUAUUGUAAACAACAGCAAACAAAGACAAUUACAAACAAAACAAGUUACACUGUAAUUAAACCAAAGUAGAAGAUUUUCAAAGGUCUAAAUAGGUACCCACAAAUAGUUACAUGGUAAAUAUUUACUCUCUGAUAAACUUUGUGGCUAUAACGUUCUUUCAGACAUCAUAUAGAGGUCCUUUUUCUGUCCAUGUUAAUCAUUAUGAAUAUGUAUACAUGUAUGUCUGGUAUUAAUUUUCACUAUUUUAAUCUUCGUGAGUAUUCGGUUUUGCAAGUAUUAAAUUUCGCGAAUUUUUUAUGGCAAAAAUCGUGAAAUUUAAUACUUGCAAAAUUAAGUGAGAAUUAAGGUAUAAUGCACAAAACUGAGAACUGCCAUUUACCCCUUCUCGCCUGAUCACAUUCGGCUUACAGUCAUGUACAGUGUCUACUUUAGAGCUUGUUUGUGGCUUACAAAGUGAUCACUUCUUGUGAACAAGUGUUAUAAGGGACCCAGUUAAUCAGUGCCAAAACUUCCUGCUUUAUAUGAGUAGAUCAUAACAUUAUGUACAUGUAUCUCUCUUUCAGCAGGCAGUUGAGAUGACAUGAAACCGUCCGAACUGGAAUGGCCACAGCUUGUGAUUCAAGUACCUCUGUGGAGAAUCUUGGACAGGGUCUGUUUGGUGUUCAGUUGGAGGUACUGGAUAUAUGUCCAUAAGGAAGCAAUAUGACAAGAACAUGCAGAAACAUUGUUCCUAUUAUUAUACAUUGUACUCACUAUCCGUCUUCUCAUUACUUUGCUAGGACCCUUCAGUUAAUAUUGGAAAUUAGUGCAACCUACAGAUUAGUCAGUUAUCUGCUAGCAGAUUCGUGACUAAUCUGCAGGUUGCCGACACGCAAUGCACAAUUUCCAAGAGCAAUGUCAAACUCUUUCUAUGUAAUGGUGUGUUUGUCAAACUACAUGUAUUUUCUUCAAAACAAUGUGUAAUGAAACAACUAUAAGAUUCAGUUUUUUUUUAUAUCCAGAAUAAUCAAGGACUCGGUAAGUGGUAUCAGCCUUGACCUUCGGCUCGGCUGAUACAUACCUCUUUAUACUGUGACUUGAUUAUUCUGGAUAUCACAAAAACCUCAUUCAAAAUUGGGCAAUUCCAGUAAAUAUCCAUUCCAUACCACUGAUGGCUUCCAUAUUUUAACCACCCUCAUGCCUUCAGAAUUCCAUAAUCGUCACCCCCCUCCCCCUCUUGUUCGAAUUUUCUAUAUUUUCAUGAAGCCCUUCGAAAUUAUCUGCAGGGUUCACAAUAUGCCCAAUUUGGCUUAUUUUAUGCCAAAAUAUUUCGAAUGACUCUUCUUCUGUAUUCAGUACAGCUGCAUGGUUACAGAAGGAGUCACUAUGACUCUGGGCAAUAAAAUUGUAAAAAGAAUGAAAGUUUUGUCCUUAGGGGCUUGUUCAACACGUCAUGCAACCUACAUUAACUUUUCAUUGCUCCAAACUGGUACAAGUACUUGUGAUGAACGUGUGUACACUACACUUAAGAUAUUUAGAUCAAGUGGACGAUCGAGUUUUCAUUUCCGCCAACUUGAAAUUGAGCCUUCGGGGUCAGCAGUCACUCCCAAUUCCACAGUAGGUGCUUCAUACAUGGUAAGCAAAUACCAAUUAAAAGGCAUGGUUGGUGAAAAGACCAUGUUUUGCAUUGAUUGAACAAUAUUAUGUAGGAGGCUUUUUUUAAGAGAGAGAAAAAGGAUGUUUUGUAGCAUUAAUGCCUCUGGAGCUUGGUUUGCAAGGCACCAUUUGUUUUAUUUUUGUAUCCUGCUUCCAUAGUCAUCAUCGUGUCAUCAGUUCGUGCACCCCCCCCCCCCCUACUGCCACAUGCCUUCAGAAUUCCACAGGCAGCCCUUCCAGUUCAAAAAAUUCCACCUUGCCCUCCGAAAUCCAAAAAGCAGUCUGGGGUAUGGAUGGAUAUUUUAUGGAAUUUCCCAUUGUUUAUCAUUGGUUAUUUGCUUCCCAAGCUUAUAAGGACGUGUUUAGCAAGUCAUCCAAGAUGACAUAAUGCAUAACAAUUUUGCAAGUUUCGCAGCAUAAACAAAGUUAUAAUUUUCUAAAGAGCCUUGCAUAAUAGUAUUGUCUCUAGAUCCACUGAGAAAAAAACGUUGAUUAUUCAACUGAAAUUCCUUCCCUUAAAGUUUCAAAUCUGAGUUCUUCAAAAAUGAUGUUCUAAAACAGCCUACUGUGCUCAUAUUAUUUAAUUUUGUGCGGUCAUUUUCCAUAAGAUUAAGAAUGCAUGUCAGAUGGUUUUAAGGUUACCAUUGUAGCAGAAAAAAUAAAUAUAAUUAGAUAUAUUGACUCAGUUUUGCUUUUGUGGCCAGAGCCUCACUAGAUAGUGGCUUUAAGUGUGAGUUAAGCUGUAGUAGUCAGGGAAAAUGCAGGGUCCUUUCAUUGUGUGGGUGCCUUGUCUGCAUGUUCUGAUGAUCUUAGAGGUCUGCCUAGUUAUUUUUAUGACAAACAAACUACGCCCAGUUAUUAUAAACACUUUCAUUCACAAAACCUCCACAUUUUUCAAAUCUCUUUAAGGUUUAAACUUUUGUGGAAAUUUCAAGCUUGAAACUUUUUUUUCUCUUUUUGGGAAAUCUGCCAACAACAGGUGACUCAAAAGUUGCUAGAGGCAGAGAAGAAGAAACUAACCCAGUUAGAGUUACAACUUGAUGAAGACACUGCCAAGCAUGGUAUUAGCAGUGUUGAGAAGGUAAUUAAGAUUAUAAUAAUGCUCCUUAUUCAGUGCCUGGUUUUUUGACUCUGCAACUUUGACUUUGAGGUGGUAGUAGCUAGCUGCAUGGAUGACAAACAAACAUGUGAUCUCUGUAUUAAUAUUGGAGGCAUGGCUUUUGCCUUUUUCUUGUUCUUCCUUUUUUUGGAGGGGGGUGGGGGCUGGGAGAAAGGGGUUCAGCCUUCAUUUAUUCUGCACAGUCAACUUCAAACCAAAAAAAAAAUGUAAAUUAUGAUACUAAAGAAAUAGUGCAUGAGCAUUCAUCAUCAUUAUCUUCAUGGAAGAAAUUUUUUUUUUUUUUUUUUUUUUUUUUUUCGUAGGCAAAGGAGCUAGCACGUCAAAAAUCCAACUAUGCGUAAGUAAUUAUCUUUAGAACAAAAUACAUGUACAUGUACCAUUUACCUGUUAACUUGUCGAUAAGCAAUUAAUGAAAAUGGAGGGUAGGUGCUAAUUGUGAGCAAUGCGAGCAAUAAGCAAAUGAAUGUGGGCAAAAUGCAAAUAAAGGGGGGUUACCAUGGCAACCUCCCACGGGUCACCUUCCCCUGGCACCUGUCACACUGAUCUCUCAGUGGAGAAUGAAGAAAACAAAAGAACUCACCCUAAAUCUGACCCUAGGAGUUUCGAAGAACCAAGAGGCAGGUUGGGGGUGGGGGAGACGAACAAAAGGCAAAAAAGCUGCAAAGGCAACUCGAAGCAAGCCAUGAGGGCAAAACUACAUGGCAAUGGCUUGAAUGUGCAAUGCAAUCAGCUGCUGACAGCAGGAAAUUUCACAGUUAACAAUGAGUAUUGAUAAUCUCAUUUAAAUUAUUAUGAUUAUUUAAUUAUAUUAUCUUUAACUUCCUCAUGUUAGUUUGAUAUCAAUCAUUUUGCUAUGCUUCUUAUGCUGCAAGGUUGUGUAAAGAAAAAUAAAAGAAAGAAAAUGAUUCUGACAUCAUUACGUCUAGUAUUUACAAUUUCCAAUAAUAUGAAGUUCUUUUGGAUCAAACCUAUACACUCCUGUCCAGUACACGUGCAGUGCGGUGGACCAUUCAAUUUUACCCUACCACAUGAAAUUUUUGCUACACAUUUAUUUACUGAUUUUGAAAAAUCCCUUAAUUAGCAGCACUUUAGCGAUUUUUCGUAAAUUUGGAACAAAAGCUUUUAUGAUGACAGUAAAACAUUUACGUAAUUUAAUCAUAAACAUCAAUAGCUUCAUUAUUUUAAAUCAAAAUCAUAACAACAUUUUGAUGAAUGAACCAAAUGAAACUACAGCUGUAAUCGGUCAUAUCUUAAGGCGUGACUCCUCACUCAUAUUUUAGGUAUGCAUUGUCACACAAAUUCAAUGAUACAUUGUCGACCGUCAAUAGUAUAUGUGUAUGAAACCGACCAGAUUGCGGAAUGUCAUAUUGUACACAAUUUAAUUUAGCGACGAUUUAAAUUUACCAACACUUAAUUUUUCUAAAAAUCGCUAAAUUAAAGUGUCACCAAAAUUUCACCUGAUAGGGUAGUCUGCGUGCAGUCAUAAUUUUAUCCAAAUUAUUAAUACCCUUUUUUGCCAUCACUGUACCUGACUCCCUUAUGCUCUUUAUUCAGACGACUAUCAUCUCAGCAUCAUCAGCUUGCUAAAGAAUAUGAAGAGGCUGCGAGAGGUCUCCUAAGAAGGACAACUAAGCAGAGAAAGGUCUGUUUAAACUCUCCUGUCGUUACCAAUAAAGUCGAAUGUUACCCUUGAAUAUGCCAUUUUGAACAGAAAAGGUACCCAGUUUGUAUACCUUUCAUUAAAAAAUGAUGGCUCUUUCACAUGCCUAUUCACUGGGUGGACACUCAAACCAGGACAUGGGAAACGAUAUUGUCCAAUCACAAGGUUAAUCCCAAAAACAAAAGAUUCUCAAGUUUUUUAGCAAAUGGACCAAUCACAUUCCUACCUGAGACUGUUCAGGUAAAUUCAAUCAAUUUUAAAGUUUUCAAUGGUUGCAUAGUUGAACCUUGAAUUUUAUUGGUCCAUUUGCAAAAAGCUUGAGAAUCUUUUGAGUGUCCGCCGCACUGUAAGAACACGGCAUCCCUUUUCUGAGCCCUUGGAAUGAAGCUAAUGAACAAUAUUAUGGGAGAACACUGCACCUAUAGGCAUUACCAGAAGAGAGUUUAAGGUUUUUUAGAUAUGUUAAAGUUCAAAUUUGAUUAGGUUAAUUUUUUCAUUGAUUCUCAAUUUCCUUCGUCUUCUAGCCCUACAUGUAAUUCAUGAAUAAUUAGAGCUAGGAGACAAAGGAAAUUGAGAAACAACCUAGGUUAAAUCAAAAUCAACCUGAAAUUAAAUUUGACCAGUGUAACGGAGACAUGUACAUGUAUCUAAGUGACAGUUCUCUCUAACAUUUUCUCUACUUCAACCCCUGAAAUCCUCAAUAUCAUACCUGAAGCCACAAAAAGGUACCCAUUUGGGGUUGACCCUCCCAGAUAGGCCAUCAUUGGGUGUGAGUUAUUUAGCUGCCAAAAACUGCAGCGAUAAGCAAUUUAUAUCGACUCUGAAUUUUACCAACGUGCACUUUGUUUGGCUUCAGUCUUCUAGGAGUCUUCCAUCACUUGGAUUUAAACAGACUGUUAAAGCAAGGGUAAAUAUGGCACUAGAUAAUUAUUGUAGUUGACCUUCUGAAUUGCCCUCCAAGCUGUACAGCUUGAAUGCUGGGUGACAAGACAAUAGUUUUACUAAGGGGUGUCUUGUAUUCAUUUAAAUACCUUUCUCAUCUCUGACCUAAAUGUAUGACUAUGCUCUGACACUCAAUAGUGGUAACUUCAUUCCCAUUAUAAAGGCUAACAGUACUUGCCAUAGGCCUCUUCUCUGAGAGAGCUUGAUCACAUGCCUGACCUAUUAAGAUACACAGUAUGUUAGGUUUUAAAAACUUCUCUCUCACUCACGUAACCUGGAUUCAGAAACCACUGAGUUUGAAAAGUAUAAAGAUGGCCGUGCUUUCCUCACGGAGAAAGUCAGUGGAGUGUGAUUUGAGAAAAUCACAUCUCGGCAAUGCUAGCCAGCUUGGCAUUAACCUGGCCAGCACUGCUGAAGACAUGUAAUCAGGCCCUUCAUUGAUUAUGGACUUUCUUAGUAGCAAUCCCAGAACUAUGGCAUUUCAAGGUGCAGUUUUUUCUCCAGCUUCCCUCUCAUUUAUAAAUUGGCAAAUUAAUAGGAAAAUUUUUUUGAAUUUUUGUAUUCUUUUGUCUUUGUCCGCAUUUGAGUUCCAGGUAUUACAUUCAAUAAAGAUACAUUUGCUGCCUGAGUUCGGCUGGGGCAUCAAAUUGAUUGUUUUGAAUGAUCAUGGCAAUGUAUGAUAAAUAUUUAUUAUUCAUUCUCUUCCUCGUUUUGUAAUCUCCCUUUUAUUCUUUCUUUUAUUUCUAUCUCUCUUUUUUAUUCUUAAUUCUCUCUUGUCAUAUUUUUUUUCUUUUUUUUUAUUGUAGCCAACAAUAUUUGGAAAUCUUGUACAAGAUGACAGGGAAAACCACAAUGUGAAAGUAAGACCUUAAAAACUUUCAUUGUUAUGUAUAUUUAAACAAUUGUAGAUGUGAUAAUUUUGAUUCCGUAGUAACAUGAGUAUGUAUAAAAGGUACUCCCUUUGCCCUGCAAAUAGCUAGACCUUCGCGUGGCUCAGGUUGUGCCAAAAUAAUACAUUGAUGCUCAAAGUAGGUGCGUUUUUUGGGGGGGAAUAUAACAGCAGAUGAAGUAGCUCUUUACAGCUUGCUUCUUAAGUACUGUUUAACUGGUCUCUAUACAUUUCCAUAAAGAAUAAGCUGAAAAAAAUGAUGAAAGGUGAAAGCAUUUCCUCUUAGGGGAUUAUUUUAUAAAUUCUCAUAACCUCUUCUUUUGAUUUUCCAUUGGUAUUGUUAGGAGAAAAUCAAGGUUGCCGGUCACUUGUGGCCGGGACUUGAAGGGUUAAGACUCACCAUUUAACAACAACAACAAUUUAUUGUACCCAAAGCAGAAUAUUAUAGUUAUUUACAAGUUGUUAAAUUAAUCAAUUAACUAAAAGGGGUACUGACUUCCUGAAAUAACUAAUAAGUUAAAAAUGCCAAGAAGCCAGAUUCAGUAAGAUAAUUUAAAUAAGUUUAUUGUGCGGGGUACAAUAUGGCAGCAUAUCAGACGUUAGACUGUUGCACUAAGAAAAAUCGCGGCCGUCUUGUUUCACCACCGCCAUUCUAUGUUGUUCUGUUUGUAGUCAGAGGAGAAGAUAAGUUUGACCCUGUCAAGGAAUCCUGCUCAUCCAUCUGACCUAACAGGGGUAAACAACUUUUUUAUUAUUUUUACUGUAAAGUUUAUUUAAUUUGAAGUCAGCUAGUAUAAAAGUUAAGAACUAAUUAGGUGUAGUUUACUAGGAGACGAGAAUAAAGUAGCAACUGCAGCCAGUUCAUAUAUUACAAUAAUUAUUAUGGUUCGAUAUGGUCCAUUAAAAAAUAUCGACUGAUAUUCUUUUACUACUAGAAUGAAACAACUCAAAAAUUGUGAGGUCAGCUUUAUCUAGGCGUUUAGUGUGGUAGAUUUAGUAGUAGAUUCACUGAAGCCAAACUUCAAAGCAGAGCUCACGGUUAAGUAACACGUAACCUCGCAAAAUAACGCUUUUAACAGUCCGGGGCGACGAAAAAAUCUGACACAUGUCUCGGUGAACAUUUCGUCUUAAAGACAGUUACGACACGUAGAUAUAUUUUUUAGCAACUACUAUAAUUUGCAGUCUGUCCACUUUGAAUUUCAUCGAAGCAAUUACGUUCAAAUCUGUAUUUUGGAGCAAAUUGUACGUGAAGUAAUGUUCAUCUUAAAAUGUCAACCAUAAAAUAGCCUUUAGUUUGAGUGGCACGAGUAGCACGCAAGGCGAAGCCUCGAAAUGCGAGGCCGUCAGCUCUGGCGCGUGUGGCCCUUUUUCGCUCACUCGAGGAAAAUUCUCCAACCUUAUACCAUUGCCAAAUCGAGCAAGGUGGAAUAACCACGAGAAGAGUUUGAGAAACGCAAGUCCCCUUUACUGGUGACAUUGUACUCUGCGAUAGGUAACACUGUCAGAUUAUUGGCGAUUAGCAAGGUCUUCACAUUUUGAUGCAGCAAUGCCCUUGUCAUAUUUUCAGUGAUUAUGUUGGUGAAAUUUCUCAAUCGAAUUGUUCUUUAAUCAGUCUUCUUGAUCUUGUAAUUUUUUUCUUUUUUCUUACCUAUUUUAUAAAUUUUAUCCAUCUUAGAAUGUAGUGUUUAAAGAUGGUCAUGUUAUAUCUGGCACAUUGAGUGGUCUCAUUGAACGAUUGGUUCCUCUUCCAAAUUAUUAUCCUGAUGUAAGUAGUAUUUUUAAUUCAGUAGAUAUAAUUGUUUAUAGCAAUGAAUGCAUAACAAAUAUUAGAGCCCAAUGUCCGGCAGCAAUUUAAUUUCUAAGUUUAAGAGCGGGCGAGAUUCUUCAAAUCCUACAGUCUCACUGGUUCCGGAAGCGGGCGGACUCUUACGAUCUUGCCUGCAAACCCGGGCGGAAUUUUUCUGGCGGCUUUAGGGUGGAUUUCCAGUGUCGCCAAAUUUGUAUCUGCGUAGGGCGAAAAGUCGCGCGCAAAUAUGCAGGUACAGAACAGCUAUAUACUGUGCAUCACGGUUACUGUUCGUUUCGAUACCAAGUCGUUUCAAUACAAGUUGAUUCAGUCGAGGUGCAAAUAGUUUCACGUAAGUGGCUUAAAGAGCGAGGGCUUUUCACCCCAAAUGGUUUUCUCGCCCACUAUAUAUGCUAUACUACUAUUAUAUAUUCUACUAUACGUAAAGUGAGUGAAAUUGUUGUACAGUUUCACUGCUUGAGUUGUCAUCGAAACAACUUUGGAACAAAACGACCGGUUUCCGUAUAUUACUUGUCAAGCUCUAUACAAUGUAAGUUAGUGAGCCUGCGAGCAAACUCUUCAGAGCGAAGCGAGCCGUGAAAGAGGGUAUAAAUGCACUAAAGAUAAAACUAAUUGCAGCUGAAUAUAUUAUACAAUUUUGUCAUUGUUAUCCUUUUUGCAGCGAACGUACGUGUUUGCAUUUCUUCUGUGUUCAAGGCUUUUUAUACUUCCCAGUGAUCUGCUGUCGAGCAUUUCAAAGGUUCGUUUCCACAGAAAAUAAUAUCAUAAUGUUACACGUUUUUGCUCCUUAUUUAUAAGCUUAAUAUUAAUAUCAAUGUCACAAACUUAAAAUUUCACUGACAUUUUUAAACCGUUCACUCCCCUUUCAGCAACGAUCGUAAAAAUAUCACGAUAUGAAUUCUUCUUUUUUUCUAUUUUCUUCGUAAUGUUAUGAAAGUAGAAUGCCAUAUUGAAAGAAGCUUUUUUUGCAAACAAUGUGUUUGAAAUUCACUUUCACUUAAGCACUUCGUUGUUUUAUUUCUAGUCUUGCGCAGAACAAAUUAAAAAAGCUACUGUUGAUGAGGUAGGUUUGCUUCAAAAUAUAACUGUACCUGACUGCUAUUCAGCUGUUGAUAGCUUACUGCAUUUCACAAUUUUGUACUGAGUUGUUUUUUUUUCUACCGGUUUCUUUCGUAGGCGAAAGUUCUGGCAUUCAACUUGGUUCAAUUGUUAAGGUGAAGAUCUACGUGACAGUUUCUAAAUUAUUUUUGGCUCCAGCUCGAUACAACUUAAUCAUUGCAUGAAGAACAGUGGAAACGUUUCAUACGGACACCAAAAUCACAUGCCAGAGUGUCCAGGUUCUCAGAAACAUGAAACGUUACGUACGCACCUUUUACUGGAUCGGUAUACAAACUGGAAGCAAUAGAACGAUGUUUUUAAUGUCCAAACUGUUACUCAAGAACAAACGGAAGAAUCUCUCGCUUGUUCAAAUAGACUUGCACUCCCCACCAGCCCCCCGCUCCGCCUUCCUUGUUUUAGAAAGUCUACGCAAGUACAGGAAAAGGAAUUACUUUGGCUUUGCUUGUUCUCGGUUUUUUUUUCUUGUUUGGGUUCAGGGCCUCCACUAGUGCUAGAGCCUCCGAUCCAUUGCUUGAGCCGUAUAUUUGAUUCAGAAACAGACAACAACAAUACAAAUAUAGUUAUCGUAGCAGGUUUUGCAGAAAACUUUGUAGGGAAUAAGUGAAUUUCACCUUUACACAAGGUACAGCCAACUUGUAGAUGUGCUUGCUAGGUUUUGUAACUCCCACCGUGUUUUUUUGGUGUUUGUUGUAGUGAGUGGGCUGAAACGUUUCCUAAUGACUUCAGAGAUGAGGUGAUGAUGAUGCAUGUUAAAGACAUCACCAGUUACUGUGCAUCGCUGACCAUGGUACGUACCCCCACCAGCACAGCGGAUCAGAUCAGAUCUACGUUGUCAUAUGUUUAAAAUUCAGGAAAAAGUAAAAAAGUGAAAUGAGAAUUAGCUUGGCUUAACCAAUUCAUGGCUUAUCAGAAAAGCGUCUAGACUUCCUCAAAGCCCUUUUCCUAACCAUCAACUCGCUGUUCACUCAUUUGUACGUGUGAAGUAGUCAUCGCUACUUACUUACAGGAUUCUUUUUUUCUUUGUUAAUUUUUUCCUGUGUUGAAUCUCAAGGAGUUGAGAAAUAUGGUUGGUCAGAUGACACAGUCCUUAUUUAAAAAGGUAAGCUGUAGAAAUGAAGAGUAACCUUGUGUUUCACAGAAGUAAUGAAAAUGAAGAAAGUUGAUUGAUUGCUCCAAAAAAAAUAGUUUUGUUUCACAUUCUAUGGGUUAUUUUUUUCUGUGGAAACGGUUUUAUACAAUUAUACCACUUGGCAUGUCGAACAGGAAAGGCCAAGGGAUGCCUGUUGGUAUAUCUCUCCUCACACAUCGAUAAAUCAUAUGAAAAUUCGAGGAGGUUUGUAAUAUUAGAAAUUUCAGAGCGACAAAUCGUCAUGAAAUCGCCGCUAGUAGUUUAGAAACGCGAUCUGAAAUUGCAGCAAAAUUCGCUAUGUAAAUGGAGCUGAACGUAGUUUUACCUCUUUUAGUUGUCUUUGUGUGACAAGUAUGGCGAAAUUUUACUAAAAGCCACAGCUGCUGCGGAGGAUAGAAAACUAACGGGUUCUACAAAAUAUAAGGUAUGUUAGCUGAAGAAAUAAUUGCGGUUUCUUAAAAAUCUUAUGCCGGUUUGGUCUUGUUGUCGUCAUAAAACAAACUUCAAACAAGCUUCCCAACGUACUCGAGAAAGCUGGCAUAAUACCCCAGUGCUUUGCUAAGAUCCCUUUAUGAUACACCUCAGAGAAUUCUGCAACCGCAUGUAGAAUUUUACUAAAGAUAUUUUUAGAGGGAAGUCUGAUUCCUUGGACGUCCGCACAUUUUAAGCGAUUGUUUGAAAUACAGCAUUUUCCAUGUGAUUGCAGCAGUUGUGUAUUGCUCUAGGAAAACUUUUGCGACUUUCUUGUUCCUCAGAAUCCUUCAUUUAUUCCUUGAACUUUGAAUUCUUGAGCAAUUUAACAAGUUUCACGUUUCAUAAUACUUUUAAAUUAUAAUACUAAAUAUAACUGUUUGUUCUUUAACAGUGUGGACUGGAGGUUUGCCCAAACCCAAUCAUCUUAGCGCAGCAACUAUGUCACAUUGAGAUGGUAAUAAAAAAAAGUUAUGCUAAAUUUCUUUUAAAAUGCUCAUAACGAAAAAGUUUUUAGAACUUUUUGUUUGAAGGUACACGGUACUGCAAGAACCUCUGCGAAAAAGUACUGCGACGUGAACACAACGUUAUUUUUUUAGAAUUUUUUGAAACGUUCAAAUUUGCUGCCAUUUUGGCACACCAUUUGUUUAAGCCCUAUUCACACCAAAGCUUAAACAUGGUUAAAGGCGGUUUAGUUAAACACGGUUUAAAAUUCUUUUCUUUAUAAAAGCUGCUUUACGGACUUAAGUUGAUCGCACAGUUUAGUGCAAAUUACAAAACAUGCUGAAUUUCAUUUGAAUCCUGUGUGAGAACCAGUGUUCCAAUUUUUUUGUCUGUUUUUCAUUUUUUUUUUUUUUUUUUUAAAAACAGCUUACAUUUUGCGACUGCACCACCGGUUUCCCGGGAAAUGACUUCUGAGAAACGGGCGCUGGAAUUGCAUACUGAUAACGCGUCAUUACCCAGAUUUUGGUAGUGCUUCUGAUUGGUCGUGCCGCAUGGAAAAUUUUCUUCAACCAAUCAGAAGCACUACCCAGAUCUGGAUAAAGACGCGUCAUCAGUAUGGAAUUCCAGCGUUCGUUUCUCAGUGGUGGCUGUUUUCUCAGGCUUGUUUUUCCUGCUGUUUGUAUCAUUCGUUAUUUUUGAAAAACGUCCUUGUUUUAACGUACAGUAAACAUUUCUAAUAUCAGAAGGACUUGAGGGAGAAAUCAUAACAAAACUGGAAAUCUGUAGUCGUUGUGUCUAGUUUUUGACCGUUUUUCGCGAGUUACUCACUUGAAUGUGGUUUUUAAAAAACACAUUAAACCUUUUCUAGCUUUUCUCCCUAAAUUAUUCCCUUAAUGCAUAUUUUUUCAUUUUGUUUUGUUUCUGAAUCAAUAACGCUCUCUUUCUGUCAGGAACGACUGGCCAAUAUAGGACCAGAAGAGUUCGUACAGACCUUCAUUCCCCGAGAUGAUGCGGAUUUGAGAGUAAGAAAAUUCGUGACGUAAAGACCCCUCGUAAAUUCAAGCUGAGAAGUAUGAGAUUGCGCAUGGUUUAGACUGCUUUCCCUUAAAGAUAAUGGUGAAUUUGGGAGAUCCGGACGCUCCUCCCCCACCUCUACGCACUUGUAAGUCCACGAGAGUAAGAUAUCCAUAGUUACAUUAACAGUGCCUUAAAACUAAAGCUGCUACCACUGAGGUGUCGCACUCUAGGAUGCGUAGUUGAAAUUUACUACAACAUGGAUGUGUAACGGCCAGAAGGGGGAAAAUGGUUAAAUGAAGAAUCUGAUCCAAUCAGGAACGCACAAGCUUGGGGCCCUCAAAUAAAACAUUCCUGGGUCCGCCCCCGAAACAUAAUUUUAUUUCCUUCAUCAGACUAAUUUAUGAAUGUUCAAUACACUGUAGAUAAGGAGUUUUUAUAUUUCGAGAUGACACUCUUUAAUUCUCUUUGCAGUCUACCCUCAGCUAUAUUAAAAAGACAAGCAGUUUAGAAGCCUAUAUAGAAUGGUUCAACAGACUCAGUUUUCUCGUAGCAACUGAAGUUUGUUUGGUGAGUAACACUUUGCAUGUCGUUUGAUAUGUUAAAUGUUAUUGAAACGGAAACUUCACAGUAAUGACUUAAUUUGUGGAAUGACAGUACAUUAACGUUUUCGGGUUCGCGAUUCUACUCAUGUAACCACCAUGUGGAAUUCUAAUCUAGUAGUUGGGGCGAGCCAAAGGUGCAAGGAAGGGGGCUGGGAGAGAGAAGAGAGAUUUUCUUCUCCCUGCAAUUCUCCCCGCCUCUUUCAUCACCUUAACGCCUACCCUCUACCCCAUGGGGUUACAAUCGCUACCCUCCCCCAUCCCCCUCAGAGAUAAAUUCAAAAAUGGCGGCCAUGGCAAUAGAAACAUAAAGACGCAGCUUUCGCCAUCCCCAAAAUAUACGCCUGCAUUGCCUUAGAUGAAAGUGAGCGACGUCUAAGAUUAAGUUUAAGGUUAUUUAUUUUCAUUUUUAUUUUUUAUUUGGUGCAACAAAUUCUUUCUCUUUUAUCUUUAAGGGACCGAAAAAGAAGCUCCGGGCAAAAAUAAUCGAGUAUUAUGUUGAGGUGGCUACCGAAUGCUAUGACAAGGGAAACUUUAACUCAGCUAUGGCUAUUAUUGGUGAGGACGACUUAGUUGUUAUAGAAUAGAAUAGAAUUGGGGGGGUGGAGGUUUGUUAUCUUUUUAAUAAGUACAGCCGAAUUCACUGAUGCUCCAAAAACUCAGACAACAAAAUAUUGGAUUUUGGGCGUGUCACCUACACGAAGCGCGGGAAGGAGUCACGCGUGGUUUUCGCGCGAUUUUUCAACCAAUCAUAAAGCGUUACAGUGCGUAACCAAAGCCACUUUUUUCAUUUAAAUUCAAAAUUUUCUCUGUUUGUUACAUGUUUCUAAUGUUAGUAACGAGCGUACGAGCUUGGGAAGCCGAAGAAAACAGGUCUAUGGAUCAAAUGGGGUUUCUUAUUUAGUGAGUUUAUGAAUUUUACGGACAGCAGUCUGCCUAUUUGCCCGGUUCUGCAACCCUCACUCAGGAAUUAACUCAAGAUGUUGAACAUAUUUUGUUUGUUUGUUUGAUUCGGUAGUUUGUUAGGUUGUUUUAUUACGUAAUACUGAUGAUGGUGGUGGUGGUGGUGGUGGUGAUGAUGAUGAUGAUGAUGAUGAUGAUAACGAUAACAAUAAUAAUAGUAAUGAACGACAAAUAUAUUCUUUCAAAGGGGAGAGACAGCAAAUUGUGGUUGAGUGAAAUAUCUAAAUGUCGUAACUGUUUAUCAGUAGGAUGCCAAAAAAGUGUGCAAAGGCAUAGAUAUGAAGUGCAAAAAAACUGGUGUAAUUAGAGAAUUUAGAUUUUAAUGAAUUAAAUAAAACCCUUACGUCUAUUGUUUUAUUUUCAGCUGGUCUGAACAUGAGUCCCAUAACAAGGUUAAAAAAAACGGUGAGGUUUUAUUAUUGUUAAAUAAUCGCACAGAUGUUCAGUGAUGUUAGAACCGAAACCCAGAGUUUGAACUCAUUUAAAUCUGAUCCGAGAUGAUCCAGCAAAUUCCCAUUUCGUAAAAAGUUGUGGCCAUUUAAAAGAAAAUUGGGAAAUUUUUUUGAAAUCUUAUUGAAAACGUUUCGUAACCUAAAAUCGAAUUCGGGUUUUUCUUACCACUGUACUGACUACCACAUUAUCACACAGAUCCGCUAAAUUUCCGGGAAAAAAAUCAAGGACGUGUUAUAAUUAACUCUCUUUCAUAAUUGCUAUAUCUCAAAUGGGUGAUCCUAGCCCUUUCCCAAACUAGAUUUAAGACCAGUAACAUUGAAGGUAAAAACCACUUAAUAAAUAACUGGAUAUUUUUUACGUUUCUAGUGGUCUCGAGUGAAGUGUCGAAAGUUUGACAGACUGGAGCGAGAGUUAAAUCCCACAUCCAACUUUGCUUGCUACAGAGCAAUGUUUAAAAUUGCCAAUGAGACUGUAGGACAAAGGGUAGGUAAUUUUUUAGCCUACUUUUUGACAGCGAUAGUGUUUGUUCAAGAAGUCAUAUUAAGGUUAGGAAUAGACUGUUUUAGUUUAUUAGUGCACUGUUUUGGCUUUUGUUUGUUUGUUUUCAGUUUGAAUUCGCCAUUCCUUUCUUCAGCCUCUUUGUCAAAGAUGUUUAUUUUCUUAACGAAGGACACUCUAACAGGUCAUUUGGUUUCCUUUUUUUUAGAUUCACCUUUCCAUUUAGAACCUUUUUUAUUAUUAUUUUAAUCUAUAUAUAAUAUAUAUUUCUCAUUCGACUUAUAAAUAAUAUCUUUACUUAAUUUUUACACUCUUUUUCUAUGCGUUGCCUUUGUAGACUUCCGAAUGGACAAAUUAACUUUGAGGUAUGAGUAACAUUAAGUUUUAGGGAGCAAACCUGUGAUGUAUGUCGCAUUGGGGUUGGUAUAUUACCCUAUAGCGGUUAAAAGUAUUACGCGACUGUUGCAUUGAAAUUUUCACAGGACGUUGACGCAAGCGGCCCAAACUCACGUUAGGAGGAAAGGGUGUAACAAAAUUUACAUGUCAUAGGUUACGCGUACCUUUGUGCUGGACGUGCCGAAGAGACUUUGUAUAGGAAAUACAAUACUUUGAUCUGCGAACGCUAAAUAACGUUAAAUCUUACCUUUGUUUUGGUGUCUAUUCGUCGUUUAACUUGAUUUUUAGGCUUCAUUGCGUAACCUCCGUAACUUCCUCACGCGUCAUCUAUGGCAUGUAAAUUAUUUUACCCUCUUUCCUCGUAACGGGAGCUUAGGCCGCCUUUGACCUAAGUUAGGUUACUUUGUGGUACGUCAAUCAAAGCUAAGCUGUCCGUGACGAGGUGUUCGAAUGACGAUUGUCACAAAUUUAAAGUUAGUUGUCAUGAAAACUUAUAUCUCCCUUGGCAAGUUACCGCUAACUAUGCUCAUAGCAACUAGGGUCAGGCUUUUCUAAACCCAUUUGGCAUUCCCCACUCGAGAAACCAUAUCAAGAAUGGGUACGAGGUUUCAGAGCAGAGAUUUCUGGGAUUGUUUUUGGGGACAUGUGUUAGUUUUGAUUGAUGGAUGGUAUUCAAAGACAACUACUGGCUGAUCAUAACUAACGGUUGUCCAGUCAAACGAUCCCAGAAGUCCUCGCACCGAAAGCUUGUCCUUUUCUCCCUUGUCAGUUUAUGGUCUGGGGAUUUCUCGUUUGGUCAAUUUUAAUUUUGUGCCAAUCAAAUUUUUUGCAGGUUAGUUAGGUUUGUGACGAUUUUUUUGCUUUUAUAUGUUUUUUGUUUUGUUUUGGUUUUUUUUUUUGCAAAUUUUUUUCUUAUUAUUAUCUUUCUUUUUGUAGUUUUAAUUACCCUAAAUUACCUUCUGUAAUAUCUCUUGCAGAAAUUUUGGCAGCUCUCCAAGCUGAUUACAGACUUUGUGGCUUGGAAAGAAGUCGCGGUAACCAUCGUUUCUUUUGUCUUCUUCAAUUUGUAUACAGCUAUUAUAAAAGAUGCGGCGCGAACACUCCAGUGGCUUCUCAAUUUUGAUUGGCUGCUUAUAUCGUAUGACUGUUUGGUCCUCUAAUUUCAUUGGUUUAUUUCAGCGGGCUAAAUGCGCCACAAUGCCCGACAAAGUGAUAACAAUUUUAUAUUAUAUACGUUUUUACGUGCGAAACGUCUGACUGAAAUCUUUUCAAACCUUAUCGCGCAUUUUUUGCGCCUGCUUUCCAGAUCGAAUUGGAAUUUUAGGGACAGGGGACAAGAGGAGAGUAACUAUUGGGACAAAAAAGAGAAAUAACACUGAAGAAAUUUAACCCAUGUAUAAACGUCGGUGUAAAUUCCCGGGCUAAGCUACAUUGGUGAGAGGCGCCUGCUCUCAAGGCAUUGUAUCACUUGAUUUCACGUAACCACUAGUACCAUAGUUAGUAGAGGAGGGAAGCAGUUUGGUUCAGUUAUUUAAACAAAGUCUCACUUAGGCCGUGGUUUAGCCAACCUUUGGACCUCCAGAUCUUUUCCUUAGUGGGUUGUUUUUAGAAAAUCAAUGCUUUUCUAGUCUACGCCAUGUGCUAUCUUGAAACUGUUCACAGUAAAUGGGGUUGAGAUAAAAUCAUUGAGCAAUGUGAAAAUAGCUUAGAACGCGGUUAUAAACACUGGCUAAACUACGUUCAAAUAACUAGCCCUUUAUGUUGUUUCUCGAAAUUGAGAUUCGUAAAAAAUAUAAUCAACUUGUGUCCCGUGUAACCAGUCAAUAACUGAUUUGUUAUAUAGCCCAAGAAGAAAUACCUGUACGAUUAGAAAUUUAUGAAAGUGAAAUUUCCCUCAGUGGCCAUAUUGACUGAGUUCGACUGUAUGAGUUUCUCUACCUUGUGCGUUAAAAUCUGAUGCUUAACCUUCUAUUACUAAUCUUCAGUAAUCCUCUAGAGCGUUCCAGGAAUGGUUAUUUUGUCUGUAAUAAUCUGUCUCAGUAUAGGUUGUUAAUGCUCUUGAAAAUGAACGAGUAAUUUAGUACUAAUACUUGAUUUUGUCUAUAUUUUUUCUGUAUUUUCCAGUGUAAAUAUGAGCACAACAGAACAGUUCUGAAUUAUCUCAUGACUGUACCAGUGUUGUCAGAUAAAAGUGAGGACGCUCUCUUAACUUCUAAUAAGUAAAGAAGAAAACAAAUCCAUUUAGCACGCGUUCGAAUUUCGAAUACCAUUCUCUGAAUACAAUGAUUUACACUAUUAAUGUUACCUAUUUUUUUAUUUCCUAACUAGUCAGUUAUUGACUUUAAUCGUUGAGGUUUUGUUUUUGACGUUUUGGGGUAGAGCUUUGUUUUUUUAUUCACUUAUUUAUUUAUUUAUAUAUUCAUUUAUUAUUAGUAGUAUAUUAUUAUUAUUAUUAUUAUUAUUAUUAUUAUUAUUAUUAUUAUUAUUACUGAUCGGAUAAUUUCAUUGUUUAUAUGUUAUUGAGACAGUAAUUUAUUUAGUCAUCUGUUUUAUGUAUUAAGUAUUUUCCGCGAUUUUUUUUGUACCGUAAAUCCUCUAUCAAGUCCCCCAGGGGGUUAUUUAUUUCAAACAUAAUUGAGGGGAAGGUGGGCUGAUUUAAUGUAGCAAAUACGAUGGUAUCAGUUCUCCUUAAAGAACUAGAAUACAAAGUGGAAAAGCUCAGGUACAAGAAGUUGGAGGUCAUGCAGGCGAGGAUCAAAUACAAAUCAAACUUCCAGCUGGUGAAUAAACGAUCCCGGAUCAGUCCACACGAAGUUUUACAAUCGCGAUUGAUUAACGAAGUUUAUCAUUUUACUAGUGAAGAAUAAUUUGGGGAGGGGAGGGGGGCUUAUGGACUUUCUUCCCCAGAAAAGGGGGCUUAUUAGAGAAGGGGGGUGGGGGACUUUGUAAUGGAUUUACGGUAUUCGGCCUCUUUGGUAGGGACAAUAAUUCUUCUUCCAUGAUGAUUUACAACGUGCUCCUUCAUUUAUAAACAACAUUUACUUUUUCCACUUUUUCCAUGAUUUGACAUACAUGAAACUUUUGCGUGUUUUGUGGCUAUUUAUCGUAGAUUUAGCGUUGAUGUCUUAUGAAUGCGAGGCUCCUGAGACACAGUUUGAGAAAGAAAGACGGAAAUCAUUAAGGUUGGUAAAUCGGUUAGGUUUAUAUGCCGUGGUUUUCAUAUACUCCCAAAUCUUCUUGUCCUUUGAACUUAAACUAAAAUAUUGCCUUACUUGUUGUUGUUGUUGUUGUUGUUGUUGUUUUUUUUUUUUUGUGGGGGCUUUUGAUUGAGUGACUUAUUUACUUUUAUUUGAAUAAGGUAAACAACGUCUUUACAUGAAAGCCGUAUUGAAACAGAGGUGAAUACUGUAAAUACUUUACAAAUCAAUAAGUUUUCUGGCGAGUUUUCUUUUAAAAAUAGCUUUACGUUCGGAUGCCUUUAUUUCGGUCGGUAGUGAAUUCCACAGCACUCCUCCCCAUUUAUAACACUCUGUUUUGGGAAUAUGAUCCACUGCAAAAUUUUAGCUUAAUAGUUGAAGCUGGUAUCAGUUCACUUAAUUUGGCUGUUUCCAAACUUCGUAAACCAUUCUUACUGAAAGUUUAGAGCUUCGCUUUAAACCUUUUCGUUCUUUGCUGGCUUAAAAAGUAGUUUAAAAAUGCCCACUUAAAGCAUUCGAGUCUAUUUUUGUUUGUAUUUUUUAUCAGAUCUGAAAGAAAUGCUGACAAAAGAUAACAAAGAUAACACGUAUGAAGUGAUUAGAAAACGUAUGCAUCAUAAGCAGAGUCCUCAGUAUUCCAGGGUAGAAGAUCUUCAUCAGGAUUAAAACCUCAAAGUGGUGAACUUCAAGCUUUCUUCUGCGUGACCCGAUUAAAAGUGAUGUGUGUCUUUGUGUUGAAGUGAUUGUCACGGCAGCAUACACUAUUCUUGGUUUGCAACCACGUGACAAGGCGGCCAUGUUGGGGGUCAAAACAAAAGAAUAUUUCCUCGAAGAAUUUACAUGAAAAUAGAGUUUCGUUCCCAGAGGAGAGAAAUGCUUUUGUUCUUGACCACCAACAUGGCCGCCGUGACGUCACGUGCAAACCAGCAAUAGUUCUGCGAAUGCUUUGACGACUGUAUUGCGAGCUGUUAUGCAUUGAAUAAGCCCGGUUGUAGAGAAACGAAAUGAUGUCACAAAAACUAAAUUAUGAAAUGAUGUCCAGAAAGAAAAAGAUAACAGAUGUCUAUUUGCUAAAAAUGAACCUGUCGGUGCAAAUUGGUGGGGAGAUGUAAGCACCGUUAUGCUUCGAUGACUCCAUAACAAUCUCACUGAAAUAGGCCAGUUAACGUUACGGUCCAAGCCAUAUUAGAAGGAUGCGUUUGGUGCCAUCAGAGCAAACUGGUGUUUGUAUCUCCCUACCAAUUUACACUAACAGGGUGAUUUUUGGCAAGGGGGCUUGAAUUUGCCAACAAAUCCCAUAAUUUAACAAAUUGGAAUAUUUGUGACUCACUCUUUAUCUAUUAGGCCAUUUUCUCUCAUGUAUGAGAAGCCAUGACUACAGCACUUUUGAGAAACAGAUGUCUGAUUUCAAAAGUUUCCUUAACCUUUUUGAAAAGGUCCAAUAUCACAUUUCUCUGUUUUCAGAAUCCUCCGUUCUUGAUCGUUUGAGUGUGGACGCGAGACCAAAAUGCACUAAAAUGUAGGCGUGUUUGUUAGUGUGGACGGCCGGAUUAGGAUUGUCUGUGUUUGUGUUUGUGUACGGGUAAAUGACUGGGAAUCAGAAUGAAAAAAUAUAUAUCGGGAGUGUUAAAUAGACAAACUGUGAAGCAAACAGCUUUUUUGUUUGGUUUACUAAGUGUCUUUUAACUAAAACUAAAAAUCAAUGAAAUUUGAGAAGCUCCGCUGUUUCUUACAUUUUAGGCAUUAGGUUUUUCCCUCGUAAUGUCAUUGUUUACAUUUUUGCUCAUUAGCAUAAGAGUUAACCUAUAGAGGAUGUAGCCGUAAAUACAAAUUAGGUUCAAAAAUUAAAAGAGCUGGUUAGAUUAUGCAGUUUGUGCAGAUUUCAGCUCUUUGUAAUCAGUAACGAAGAAAAUAGCAGCAUUAAAAACUGCAAAAUUACUGGGUGGCAAAAGGUUAAUGAGCUCAUAUAUUCUUUGUAAAUUUUGGGGUUUUUCAAAGGGAAUUUCUCGUAAACUAUUUGGUAUAUGGGGCUCAAAUGUUCAGAGAUAACUGAAAUUGUUAUGCUCUUUCAAUAUUCAGAAAUUUCGUUUUAUUAAAUUCAUCAGAUUUUGAGAAGCCUAUGCUAAUGACGCAAAAAAUGUAAACGUGAAUUCGCCUGUAGGUGUGUCGUAUCGAUUUGUUUGUUUUCUAUUUUUUUUUUUUUUUAAAUUUCUUUCGUGAAGUAUAGUCGGUCGAAAACAUAUCAAAGUUUUUGUGGUUUGUUUAACUUACCAUUCCUGUCUCAUUUCUGCACAAAUCAGCUUUAAUAGUAAGAGGACUUGUCAUUAUUAGAAGAUGGGCCGUCGUCGUUUUUUGGCCGCUGUGAAGGUCGUUAAUUACUAAUUAAGAGGAAACGAGAGAAAUCAAUUAAAUGCCAUGAAUGAAGUAGAGAUAACGGAUCAAAUAGUUAUAAUCAUAGAAGCAGAAUUAUUGAUCAUUUAAAAAGGUAUAUUAAACUCUCAAAAGAGUGUUUCAACCCGAUAGUCGGUUGAUAAAUAGGCAAAAUUUUGGUCUAUUCAGCCUACUUGACUCAGUAGGCCUCCCUGUCUCAUUAGCUGACCCGUUUUGUUUUUUUUUGUGUGUGUGUUUGUUUGUUUUCUUACCAAUUUUUCAUCCGUGUUUGAGUAUUUGAUGAAACAGUGUCUCGUUUUAAAUAUCCCACUUACAACCUACCCUCAUAAUUGAGAAAUGAUGGUGGACUAGGAAGCGUAAGUUAUAAUUUAUAAUAUCUGACCAUUCUGUAUUUAUGAAUUACAUAGUUAUAGAGCUUAAUGCCGGAAAUAUGUGAAUGUAAGAACCAAAGAAAUUUAAAUGAUAUUUAAAGUUCGGUAAAUUUCAAUUCAAAGUUUUUAGAUUAUCUAAAUAUCUAUAGUAGCGUCAAUCCCUUAACUGGUUUAAAAUUCACAACAACUCUGUAAUAUCAGUCGUAUUUAUUGUGG